AUGCAUUAACAUAUUACACUUAAUUGUCAAAAUACCAAAAAGGGAUAUCUGAUAUAGAGAACAGGUAACAAACCUGGGGAUAGAAUAAGUGAAAGACAAUCUUUUGCAUAAUAUGUGAAUUAAUUGUCAGAAACUUAACAAUAAUUAAUAACCCAAAUUAAGUCAACUCCACGGAAAAACUAGUAAUUUAAUAGUCAUCCUAAUCUUCCUAAGUUACAUUCUCCAGACAUCAUGAGUAGACGUUUUGUUUUGAAUAUUGCCAAAUGUCCAAUCAAUAAUUAUUAAUCUCCCAUUUUUAGACCUAAUGGAGUCUAACAACAAUAACAGUUCUAUCAUCCCGUUUAAUCAUCUCGACAUUCAUCUCUUGACAUAAGGAAAUCAAUGGUUGUAUAGAAUAAGCUCGCACCUAUCUAAAAGAGUUCAAUUAUCAAUCUGAGUGGCAGAAGUGUCAGAGAUGAGGAUAUGAGUUUGUUUUAUUAUAAAAUCGGUGGAGAUGAUGUAGUUGAUUAAUUAAAUGAAGAAUUUUACAAUUUUUCAAGUCAGCAUGACAUGAUUAAAAACAUUGAAGAUCAUGAAUAAUAUAAGGCUCAUUUUAAGAUAUUUUUAGAAUAUAUUAUGGGCAAACCAGUGUUUUAUAAUCUUGAAUAGCUGAAAGAUAAGCAUAAAAAUCUAGGACUUAAAAAUAAUGAUUUCAACGAAUUUAAAAAUUAUCUUAUUACAUGCUUUUUAAAAGUUAAUAAAACUUAGCCAGAGCAUGUUUUUGAAUUUAGUUCUAUGAUUGAAUAAUAUCGAUACUGUAUAAUUAAUAGCGAUACUCCAUUUGCUAUUAUAUACAAUCAAAAAACUGAGAAACUAAGCACUAAAGAAGUCCCAGACACCAUUCUGUGUAUGGCUGAAAGGAGUUAUCAGAAGAUAUUUGCUGACAAUACAUUGGCUCAUUACUUUAUAGGAAUUCAACUCCAUGAAUAGGCUAAGAAAUUAGGCAAAAUAUUGCACCAAAUGAUGGGUUGGGACUAGACUUCUGAUUAAGCCUUAUUAGAUAUGAGGGAAUCUCAUAAAAGUAUGCAUUUAAAUAAUGUACAUUUCACACUAUUUAAAUAACAUAUGAUUGAGUCCAUGAGAUAAUUACACAUCUAAGAGAAAUAAAUAGAACUUGUUACCUCGAGAAUGGAUGGAUAUAGAAGUUACAUCAUUAACCAAGAUUCCUUACUUGAGUUUUACAGAGAUCAGCCAACAUUGCUUUAGGUUUAACAGAAAAAGUAUGUCCAACUGCUUAGAAGAGAUCAUAGAAUGCAAAACUUCCCUUAAGAGGCAUUUAGUAGACAUGCCUAAUUCAUUCUUAGGUAUCUCACACAUUAACAUCUACCUACUCUUACUCAUAACGACUUGUGGACCAUUCAUUCUAAAUACAAUAUAGCUAUUGAAUGGAUUGAAUCUUUUCAGGAUAAUUUCUUUCUCUUAAUUCAAAAUCUCAACUUAAAUCCUCUAGUUAUCUAAGAUUAUGAGGAUAUAUGGUUUAAACUUAAAAGUAACCUUACUCAAUAAUAUUCUGUCCAAAAACUCGUUGGCAAAUAGAAAGUAGACUAAAUUCUCACAAAAGUUUAGUUUAAAAUGCAAGACAAUGAGAAUUUUAAUGAAUACUUCAAAAAUGCCAAUUACUAAAUGAGUCAGCAUCUUAAAAGGAUCAUGACAUUCAUUUUUAAAGAUCAACAUCUAUAUAAAUCAAAUGACUUAAAGGUUAUUCAUUAAUCACUUAAGAUCAAAGAACCCACGUUUGAUUUGUUUGUUAUAUUUUUAAAAGAUGCUAUGAAAGAAGAAUAAAUCCAUCAUCAUUUAAUAAAGACAGCUGAAGAAACCUGUGAAUUUUAUAAGAAAAGCAUAUGUAAUUGA